AUGGCGUACCUUGUGCGGAAGACCGAAUUCUCCUCAUCUCCCCUUGGUUUUGCGUCCCACAAGAGAGGGGUCCCCGACAACGACGAUGGCCUCUACCGUGAGGCUGUGAACUUCAUCGACGUGGAGCGGCUUCUUCUUGCCGACGCACCAGCCACCGGUUUCAAACUCAUCGCGCAGGAUGAAGACUGCGGAAUCUCGCUGCACAGCCGGCCUGUUGAAGAUUGCCCGAUGCACCUUAUGCGUGCGGAGGUGGAGCUGCCAUGCCGACCAGCUGAAGUAUUGGCGUACCUCAACGUAUCAACACGGCGAAGGUGGGAUGAUUAUAUCGCGGAGUUGCGCUCUGUGCGAAUUCUUCCACGGCCGGGCGGGGUGUUGGGUGAAAGUAACGUUGUAGAUGUAGACAGUGUUGCCGAACUGCAGUUGCGACCUGGGCAGAGACGUGUCGCGUUGUAUUAUAUGGCAAUACACACACCCAUCCUUCUUGUGCAGAACAGAGACUUUGAGAUGGUGGUGGCGGAGGAGGUGCGCCACGAUGGAACGGUGUGGGUGAAGGCGUUUUCCACGCCACUUGGAUAUGUGGAGCCUCUUGAUCCCCGUCAGUCCAAAUAUGUGCGUGCGCUCAUGUUGUUCUCAGGCAUUCUGGCGCGGCCGGUCAUCAAUGCUAAGGGCAACAUGGAGUCCCAUGUGAGUUAUGUCGCCCUUGUGCAUCCGAUGGGUCUUGUCCCCUCUGUCCUGGUCAAUGUUGUGCUGGGUGCGCAGCUGAAUGCCCUGAAAAGGCUGCAGCGCUUCAUUCAGCAGAAUCCGCUUUCCACACUUGCCACGGAGAUGGCAGGAAAAAAUUCUGAGCAUCGUAGUGGCGCUGAAUAUUCUGGGAAGGCAGUGAUUGCCGAUAGGGUGAGGCAGGCGGCUGGAUCACAGAGAACCGAUCAGUCAGCGGCCAACGUUGCGGUGAGUAAAAAGGGAAAAAACCGCAACGACGGUGGCAACAUGAAAAACAAAGAGGCGGCACGGGGCGGAAUAAAUCCUCAGAUACGACGGCAAUUUGCUUCACUGAUGGGCCGUGUGAUGGGUUUUAUGCGGUCCAAAUUGUAG